AUGAACCCUGUUCCUCUUAUUAACCACCCUUGCACGGUAUGCUGCAGGCCCACCUCCAUGUGGUGCAGCCGCUGCCAAGCCGCGUGGUAUUGCGCUCCCGAGCACCUUCAAAGCGAUUGGCCGCGCCAUCGAAAGGAGUGUGUUCCGGCAACCCAUGCCCAAAAUUAUAAUAUCAUUGCCACUCCACCUCCUGCUGAGCAGCAGGUGAUUAUGGUUUCUGCCAUCCUCUUCUCUCCCGAAGAAGAGCGCCCAAGGAUCAUCACGGUCAAGUGCCGUCCGUCCCAGGUCCCGUCCCAGGGCAUGUGUCCUCAACCUCUCGUCAGCGGACAUUUUUCGGACGGUCAAGCGGAAAGCAUUGUCUUGACGCAAGGCUUGAAUGGAGAGCCGCUCAGAUUUCCCCUUCAUCUGUGGUACUCCCCAACUGCGCUGUCGCGUUGCGCACCCAUUAACCGUGCUAUCUAUCACAUCACAUCCGGUGCCGCUGCGAAAGCUUGGUGCGGCACAGUUGUCGUCCUGAAGUUCAACGGAUCUCGGCGCCAGGGCUACUCUGAUGCAGGGUCGAAUGAUCUUCCGGCUCUCUCUGCCUAUUUCUUGGCCUAUAAGUAA